AUGUCUAAAGGAAAAGUUUGUCUAGCUUACUCUGGUGGUUUGGAUACCUCCAUCAUUCUAGCCUGGUUAUUGGAACAAGGUUACGAAGUCAUUGCCUUCCUUGCUAAUGUCGGUCAAGAAGAAGAUUUCAAAGCUGCUGAAGAAAAGGCUUUGAAAAUCGGUGCUACUAAGUUUAUCUCUGUCGAUUGUCGUGAAGAAUUCGUCAAGGAUAUCCUAUUUCCAGCUGUUCAAGUCAAUGCAGUCUACGAAGACGUUUACUUGCUAGGUACUUCUUUGGCUAGACCAGUUAUUGCUAAGGCUCAAAUCCAAGUCGCUGAACAAGAAGGUUGUUUCGCUGUUUCUCACGGUUGUACUGGUAAAGGUAAUGAUCAAAUUAGAUUCGAACUAGGUUUCUACGCUUUGAAACCUGAUGUUAAGGUCAUUGCUCCAUGGAGAUUACCAGAAUUCUUCGAAAGAUUCGCUGGUAGAAAGGAUCUUUUGGAUUACGCUGCUGAAAAGGGUAUUCCAGUCGCACAAACUAAGGCUAAGCCAUGGUCCACUGAUGAAAACCAAGCUCAUAUCUCUUACGAAGCUGGUAUCCUUGAAGAUCCAAACACUACUCCACCAAAGGACAUGUGGAAGUUGAUCGUCGACCCACUAGAUGCUCCAGACAAGCCACAAGAAUUACAAUUGGACUUCGAAAAGGGUCUACCUGUCAAAUUGACUUACAACAACAAAACUGUCACUGCUCCAUUAGAUAUCUUCUUAGAGGUCUCUGCUUUGGCCAGAGCUAACGGUGUCGGUAGAAUCGAUAUUGUUGAAGAUCGUUACAUUAACUUGAAGUCUAGAGGUUGUUACGAACAAGCUCCAUUGACUGUCUUAAGACGUGCUCAUGUCGAUCUAGAAGGUCUAGUUCUAGACAAGGAAGUCCGUCAAUUGAGAGAUUCCUUUGUUACACCAAACUACUCUAGAUUGCUUUACAACGGUUCUUACUUCACACCAGAAUGUGAAUACAUCAGAUCAAUGAUUGCUCCAUCUCAAGAGCAUGUUAACGGUUCCGUUAGAUUGUCUCUAUACAAGGGUAACGUCUUCGUUCUAGGAAGAUACUCUAACACUGAAAAGCUUUACGAUGCCACUGAAUCCUCCAUGGAUGAACUAACAGGUUUCGAACCAACCGAUACUACUGGUUUCAUUGCUAUCCAAGCAAUUAGAGUCAAGAAGUACGGUGAAGCUAAGAAAGCUGCUGGUGAAAAACUAACUUUAUAA